AUGAGGCCUGGCUGGGUCCUGGGGGGCCUGAACACGCCCUCCACCUCCCCACAUGGAGCUAACGGGGAAACUGAGGCUCAGGUGGUGGAGCCAGUCUUGAUCCCAGUACCUGGUCCCUCCCAGUCCCACCUCCCACUGGCAGUCUGGGACCCACAGGCACCUUCUGGGCCUCCCUUUGCAGCCCUGCCUGGGGUGUCCUCAGCUGGUCGCGUCUGUGCUGUGGAUCCUGGCCUGUGGCCCCUGCUGCUGAGCAGAUGUGGAGACCAUGCUCAGUUGAACUUUGACCUGGACCGGGGCAUGUUUCCAGUGGUCAUCCAGGCCGUGGUGGAUGAAGGAGACGUUGUGGAAGUGACCGGCCACGCCCACGUGCUCUUAGCCGCCUUUGAAAAGCAUGUUGACGGCAGCUUCUCUGUGAAACCUUUAAAGCAGAAGCAAAUUGUAAGUCUGGUAGAAGAAAUAUUGUGGCCCCUUUUGAUUUAAAAGACACACACACGCACGCACACACACACACACACGUCUCACUCUGCAGAGUCAUCGUCUGGGCUCUGGGAAAUCCGGCUCUGCCUCCUCGGGUGCAUGCGUGUGCCCACCGUGUCCCAGUAUUGGCUCGUAGCCCCAAGUCUUGUCUGGCUUGAUACGGAGUGUUUGCGUCCGUAGGGCUGUGUGGGAAAUGCAGCGACUCAGACCACUUCUGAACAUGGUCAGCGUGAGGUCUGACUCUGGUCACUCUUGUGCGGCUAGUGACGGGUGGGUCCAAAGUGGUUUUUCUCUGGGGAGGGGGAUGGCAAGGUGG